CUGUAUUUUGACGUUUAGUAGUUUAUAGAGCAAAAGGUGUGAUUCACAAUUAUUUUUUAAAUUAAUAUUAAGAAAUACUUUUAAAAUGGAGCCCUAUGAUGUAAUUGUAAAUCAACCGGUAGUUAUAGACAAUGGUUCCGGAGUUAUCAAAGCUGGUUUCGCUGGCGAUCAAAUACCAAAGUGCAGAUUUCCGAAUUACAUCGGUCGACCGAAGCAUAUACGUGUCAUGGCGGGUGCUUUAGAAAGUGAUAUUUUCAUAGGCCCCAAAGCUGAAGAGCAUAGAGGGUUAUUGGCGAUUAAGUAUCCGAUGGAGCACGGGAUUGUUACGGAUUGGAAUGAUAUGGAAAAAAUUUGGAGUUAUAUUUACAGUAAAGAACAAUUGUCGACGUUCGCAGAGGAGCAUCCGGUUUUACUAACCGAGGCACCGUUAAACCCCCGACCGAACAGAGAGAAGUCGGCGGAAAUUCUGUUUGAAUCUCUAAAUGUGCCCGCCUUAUUUAUUUCGAUGCAAGCGGUGCUUAGUUUAUAUUCAACUGGUCGUACUACUGGAGUAGUGUUAGACUCAGGGGAUGGUGUCACUCACGCUGUUCCUAUUUAUGAAGGAUUUGCAAUGCCUCAUAGUAUUAUGCGGGUUGAUGUUGCUGGUAGAGACGUUUCGAGAUACUUUAGGCUGUUACUGCGCAAAGAAGGUAUUAAUUUUAGAACAACUGCUGAAUUUGAAACUGUUCGCACGAUCAAGGAAAGAGAGUGCUAUUUAGCAAACAAUCCCCUCAAAGAAGAAAGUGUAGACACAGAACACAAAACAUACACUCUACCUGACGGUAACGUGAUACAAAUCGGCAGAGCGAGAUUUCGUGCACCUGAAGUGCUAUUUCGACCUGAUCUCAUCGGUGAAGAAUGUGAAGGUCUCCAUGAAGUACUUAUGUUUGCAAUUCAAAAGUCAGACUUGGACUUACGUAAGAUUUUAUCGAAAAAUAUUGUACUAUCAGGAGGGUCGACUUUAUUUAAAGGAUUUGGUGAUAGGCUACUUUCAGAAAUAAAGAAAUUGUCACCGAAGGACAUUCAAAUAAAAAUUUCAGCUCCACAAGAAAGGUUGUAUUCUACGUGGAUUGGCGGUUCCAUAUUAGCGUCGUUGGACACAUUUAAGAAACUGUGGGUGUCUAAGAAGGAAUACGAUGAAGAAGGUCAAAGGGUGGUAAAUCGGAAAACGUUCUAAACAAUUAGCAGCUCUUGUGAUCUGAAAUAUUUCCUUUAACAUCGUAAUUAAUUUAUUUGAAACCAUAUUUGCAAUGUUUUGUAUUGUAGUAAUUUAUUAAGUGCGGUAGAGAACUGUGAGAAUUUUGUUUCAGUUACGGAUAAGAGCAAAUACUUGUAUCAUAAGUGCUUUACAUUUUUUCUACUAGAAUUCUUUGCAGAUGGAUAUGCAAUCAUAAAUGCUUUUUAUAAUAAAACUUGUUUCCCUUUAUUAA